AUGCCUGAAGUCGCUGUCGAUGAUCCGCUCAGUAAACGAACUGCUCGUAUGUCGAUUUCAACCUCUGAUCUAGACGCCGAGAGUCACAACGCUCAGAUAAGAGAGCUAUUAUCGGAAUCAGGAAUCCCUGGAAGACGAGACUCAGCUGUUUCACUUACUUCAUUAAACGAAGACGAAAUACAAAAAUCUGAUCCCAAUGCUAGCACAGACGCAAUUAGACCACCAACAUCUCAAAAGAGAAGACGGUCUUCUGCUCAAUCAUUUUCUAGUACAACCGUGGCACAAGUAAAUAAGCUCAUUAAAACUGAGAGCCUUACCAAAGGAAGAAGCAGGAAGAAACUGUAUAUGUCUGCUGGUUCACCACAGUUAUCAAUCAACGUAACUGGCGAAAAACGCUUGCCAUUUCGUAGUAUGCGAGAUUUGAUUCUCAAAGUAUUUAACUGUACACUGGAAAGGCCACCAAAGUGGUUUCAGUUUGAAAAAGCCUCCGGUAUAUCCAAAGUCGUUGUAUGUAUGGUUCCUGGCUUACCUAUUCACAUAAGCGAAUCGAUAACAACUCCUCAAGAUAUAUAUGAUGAGAAGUUACUGUUUCUCUAUGAAACUUUUUCAGACUUCAUUGCUACUUCAAGUCCAGGAUCAAAGGAUUCGCUCUACCCUUCAUUGGAAACAUUAAUCAAUGUGCCAUUGACAAAAAAGGAAAAGAAGCAAUUGUUGGAGGAUUCCAAAAAUACAAAGAUUACCUUGUACGAUUUACUUAUGACUACGGACCAAAUGGUGCUGCAUAACUAUCCAGUAAAGGUUGACGUUGAGAAAGACGAGAAAUGGGUUGAAACAAAGGCAUUUGAUCAUGAUGGUUCUCAUACGUUUGCGCUUGACUGUGAGUUUUGCGAAGCCAAAUCUGGUAAAGUGUUGACGCGAAUUUCAUUAAUUAAUUUUCAAGGAGAAGUCGUUUUGGAUAAAUAUGUCAAACCUGAUGAAGAAAUCAUUGAUUAUUUGACCAAGUACUCCGGAAUAACAGAAGAGAAAUUGGCUAAUAUCACUACUUCUCUUAAGGAUAUCCAAGAGGAACUAUUGCUGAUUAUUUCUGCCGAUGACAUAUUGAUUGGGCAUUCUUUGGAAUCUGAUUUGAAUGUCAUGAAGUUCAAACACUUAAAAAUUGUUGAUACAGCUGUUAUUUAUGAGCAUGUAAGAGGUCCACCUCUGAAGCCGGCGUUGAAAUGGUUGACUCUGAAUUUCCUUGAUCGUCAGAUCCAAUGCGGUGAAGUUACUGGAGAAGGACAUUCUUCAGUUGAAGAUUCAAAUGCUUGUUUAGAUUUGGUCAAGUUGAAAUUACAGGAAGGCUUAUGCUUUGGACUUAAUGUUGGAGAAGUAUCCAUUUUCAAGAGGUUAGCAACUGAGCACAAGUCAAGAGGAGAAGACUUCCAAUCACUUCUUAUCAACUAUGCUAACCAUAAGGAACAGGAAUCUUAUGCUGAACCCAGCGAUCACAAUGUUCAAAGAAUAUACGUCAGCAACGACGACGAAGUUUUGAGCAGGUAUCAAGAAGAAAGCGUAGAUAAAAAUAUGGUAGUUUUGAACUUAAGGGAGUUGGAUUUCACUUCUGGUAGAUACAGAGUACCAGACCAUUAUACUGGACCAGUUUCAUGUGAGAACAACUCCCUACUUGAGAUCACUUUAGAAAGAUUGAAAUUGAUCUAUAAUAGUCUCCCUGCGAAUGCCUUGUUCAUAAUUCAUUCUGAAGUAGGUGAUCCACGUGAAAUGUUCAGAUUACAAAGCAUUCGCAAGAAGUUUCAAAAGAUGGAUAGAGAUGGAGAGGAUCUCCAUCAACUUGCUAAAGAAGAGAUUUGGGAUUCUGAUAAGCUUCAGCAGUUAAUUGAGGAAACCAUAGCAGCCAAGGAAGCUGUCACUUUGGUCAAGGUCAAGACCGUGGAUACAUAA